GAUGGUUAUAUAGAAAGUAGCCCACACGUGUAAAAAAUAAUGAAAUACUUGUGCAAGUAGUCUGGUUCGUGAUAAACUGACUUGGAAUUCUACAGGCACCACCAGCGACCAAGAGGUUAAAGACCGCUGCGUACUGGUAGUUCUAGCAGAGUUCUAUCCAAAAGAACGCGUUGGCUGCAUAUUUCCAAGGAUCUCUCUACGUAAAACGUGAUAUGAACCAGUUCCCUUAAAAAGGUCCUUCUCACAGGCAUCGCUGCGCUUAGGCAGAUAGCCUUCGUGUGCUUUGUCGUAUCCCAAUAACUUAACCUAACGUAGAAUUCUAUAGCUUGAUGAACUCACUUUCUAAUGUGCCAAGAUUUCUUAUUUGUGGAAAUAAGAAAUUAUUUAUUAUGAAAGGCCCCCCCUAGGAAACGGCGGGAGAAUACGGUUUUUCGGAUGCCAUGUGGCUACUUCGCCAGGAUAUUAGUCUUAUAUUACUUUUGUUAAUUUUAUCUUAAAUUUUAAUAAUAACAAAUAAUUGUUGACAACUGAUUAUCGAGAACUGCUUGUCAAAGUUCGCAUUGUUGAUCAGUUGUUAGAAUUCGACCACCAUUGUUUGGACUUAAUGGCAUUUUUUGACAUUGGCAAUGACGAAAACAUUUUGCAACUGUCUCUCAGACGAUACACAUCGUACUGCGUGCUUGUGCUAGUUAAACAAGGGAUGUCAACAAAUCAACUAUUCAGUGACGGCAAAAGGUCUAGCGUCGGCCUUGAAAGUGAUGCUUACUUUACGGCAAAUUCAGAGACAAAAUAAUACAAAAACUUCAAGCCCAAGAAUAGUACUAAUAAGAAUGUCUGCAAUGAAAGUUGACAUUGCUUGGUCUCCUACAGAACCAAACAGGUUCAUUACUGUGGGAACUGAUAUUCAGUUAUAUGAAAUUGAAGAACUAAAAGAGGGAGUUACAAAGCCUUCAGGUAUCUGCAUAUCAGAGUAUUCAACUGCUAACAACAUUGCAACUAGUUUAGAUCAUCAAUAUCUAAAGUGUUUCUCAUGGUAUCCCAAACCAGAUCACCCUCUGUUGCUAGCUGUUGGAAUGGCCAAUGGACGUGUUAUUCUAGAAAGUUUAGAUUCAAUUAGCACAAGAGAUGCUGAAAUAGCUGGAAGAGAAUUAGUUCCAAAACAAAGUAGAGCUUGUAACUGUGUGUCUUGGAAUCCCACAGAAGCUAACAUUCUUUUAUCUGGUUUGGAUAAAUAUCGGGGUGAUAACUGUGUAUUAGUUUGGGAUAUUACUAGAGCAAAUUACAUGACAAGUGCCAUUGAAGCAGUCACAUUUGACAGACGUCCUGUAUUUUCUAUAGAUUCUUCUGUUGUAUCAAAGCCCAUUUUAGAGUUAGGAUCAUCUGAAUCUACUCAGUCUCUUCAUUGGUUUCGUAAUAAUCCCAAGCUUUUUGUUUGUGGAAUGAGCUUUAAAAAUCUUAAAAUUUAUGAUACUAGAGAUGGCUCAAAGCAUCAAGAAAUGACUUCCUCUAAAGCUGUAUUUAACCUAUGUGUAGAUCCAGAAGUUGAGCAUAGACUAGCUUCAUCUUUUGAG